AACCGUUGUAUCAUUACACCUCUUGUCUCCAUUCACAUCAAAACCCUCACCUUUACGUAUACUUUAUUUAACCAACUUGCUUCUAACGGUAACUUCAACAAACCUUUUGCUCCACACAAAACACCUCUCUGUGUGUGUUUCUAGAGAGAGAAACUGUUGUAAAACAAGCGUUGUUGAAGGAUGGAUUUGAGUUCGUUCAUCACGUCACUGUUUACUUCAUUCAUCGUUUUUGUGAUUUUAAUGAUCUUGUUCGCAUGGUUAUCCACGAAACCGGGUAAUGCUGUUAUAUAUUAUCCGAACCGAAUCUUGAAAGGUUUGGAUCCGUUGGAUGGGAGCAAGUCCAAGACCCGUAACCCGUUUGCUUGGAUCCGUGAAGCCUUUUCUUCAUCUGAACAAGAUGUUAUUGCUUUGUCUGGUGUUGAUUCUGCGGUCUAUUUUGUCUUCUUGAGCACCGUGUUCGGGAUACUGCUGCUUUCAGGCCUUUUCUUGGUACCAAUAGUUAUACCCCUUGCUAUCACCGAAAAGACCCCGGAUGUUAAGGAUUCCAUAGGGAAAAACGCUUUCGAUGACCUCGACAAGCUAUCAAUGGCACAUAUCAAAGAAAACGGCAAGCGGUUAUGGGCAUGCGUGUUAGCUUGCUAUUGGGUUUCCUUAGUUUCUUAUGUCUUUCUAUGGAAAGCAUACAAACAUGUGUCUGAUCUUAGAGCUGCAGCAUUGAUGUCACCCGAAGCUAAACCCGAACAAUUUGCUGUUUUAGUUAGAGACAUACCGGCAUCAUCUGACGGGCAGUCUCGAAAGGAACAAGUCGACGCGUAUUUCAAAAACAUAUAUCCCGAAACGUUCUACAAGUCAUUGGUGGUAACAGAGAACAAAGAAGUCAACAAAAUCUACGAAGAGUUGGAAGAGUGUAAAAAGAAGCUCAGACGAGCUGAGAUCAUAUACGCUGACUCGAAAAAAGUCAACCCCGAAGGAGUUGUACAGACUCACAAGACUGGCUUUCUUGGUCUCGUUGGUAAAAAGGUCGAUUCGAUUAAAUAUUAUAACGAAAAAAUCGACGAGUUGACCCCAAAACUCGAGGCUGCACAGAAGUCAACUGUUAGAGAGAAACAACAAGGUGCAGCUGUGGUGUUUUUUACAAGCAGAGUAACUGCAGCGGCUGCAGCUCAGAGUGCACACGCGCGGAUGAUUGACACAUGGACGGUCACGGAUGCGCCUGAACCGCGACAAAUAUUAUGGACUAAACUUUCUAAAACUUAUUACGAAAGGGAGAUCCGACAGUAUGUUGUGUACUUCAUCGUUUUCUUGACGAUAUUGUUCUACAUGAUCCCGAUUGGGCUGAUUUCGGCUUUCACCACGUUACCAAAUUUGAGAAAACUGCUUCCGUUUUUGAAAGUUAUUCUCGAUCAGACCACGAUUAGAACGGUUUUGGGAGCUUAUCUUCCUCAGCUUGCUCUUAUUGUAUUUCUCGCCUUGCUGCCUAAAUUCCUUUUGUUUUUAUCGAAAGAAGAGGGGCUUACAUCUGAGAGCCAUGCUGAACGGGGUGCAUCCGGGAAGUACUUUUAUUUCUCGGUGUUUAAUGUUUUUAUCGGUGUCACGCUUGGUGGAACUCUUUUUGAUUCAUUGAAGGAUAUUGAGAAUCACCCGAAUUCCAUUGUUGACAAGCUAGCGCAAAGCCUUCCUGGGAACGCAACUUUCUUCAUCACUUUCGUCGCUCUCAAGUUCUUCGUCGGUUAUGGGCUCGAGUUAUCGAGAAUAGUUCCUUUGAUCAUAUUCCAUCUCAAAAGGAAGUAUUUGUGUAAGACUGAAGAAGACUUGAGAGACGCUUGGUUACCUGGUGAUCUUGGAUAUGCAACCAAAAUUCCUAAUGACUUGCUUGUUUUCACAAUUACCCUUUGUUACGUGGUCAUCACUCCGCUAAUUAUUCCGUUCGGAGCAAUAUACUUCGGCCUAGGAUGGCUUGUCUUUCGGAAUCAGGUCCUCAAAGUUGUCGUGCCAAAAUAUGAAAGCAACGGGAAGAUGUGGCCGCAUAUCCACCUUCGAAUCGUGGCCUCGUUACUAUUGUUCCAAGUUACAAUGAUCGGGUAUUUUGGAGUAAAGAAGUUCAUCUACACCCCGGUCAUAAUCCCGCUUCCAAUACUCACUUUCAUCUUUGCGUUCGUGUGUAACAAGAAAUUUUACCGGUUUUUCCAAUCAACUGCACUCGAGGUUGUUGCCCGCCAUGAACUGAAGGACAUGCCGAAUAUGGAAACCGUCUACAAAUCCUUCAUCCCGCCAAGCCUCAACUCCGAAAAAGGGCCCGAUGAACACUAUGAUGACAGUGUUUAAGUUGUUGUAUGUUGAUGAUUGUGUAACAUAAUUUGUUUGUUGAUGUUUUGUUACUAGUUGUUGAUAACUUGAUAUAGGAGGGUCAGUUUGGUUGUUUUGUAAGCAAAUGUUGGUCCCAAAAACUCUCUUGUACGGAAAGAUGGUGUGUUAUUGCAAAUAGGAAAACUCAAAUUUGUAGCAAGAAAUUGCGUCUAAACUAGUUAUAACAUGAUGUUUUAACAA